CAUCACGAAGAUUCAUACAUAAUUCAACACAAUCCAUCAUGAUAGGGUCUUUGUAUGUUGCUGGUUCCAUCAAGAUCUCUUCUCUUUCUAUCAGUAACCCCAGUAACCCUGCUAUUCCAUGUCAAACCCUUGUCUCUUCAAAUAAAGUGACACCAACAUCAGUUACCAUGGCGAAAGGUUUGAGCUUCAAGAUCAGCACUUCUUGUCAAAGCCAUGCUUCUUUUGUGGUGCAACGGAAAAAGAAUAAUAAUGGGGAUAAUGGGUUUGUGGUAGGGUGUGCAAAAUGGGGUUUGGAGAGAGAAGUGGAAGAUGAGAUGAAAACACAUGAAGAUGAGGACAAGGGUAGGAGUGGAAUGGCAAGGUUUAGACAUAAGUGUGGAGAAAGAGAGGGGAUUGUGGAGCUGUUGGAGUGCUUGGAAAGGGAAGCAAUAAUGGGUGAAGAUGUGGGAAAAGAUCCUACUGAUUACAACCGAAGGGCUAAGAUAUUUGAUAGAAGCUCUCAAGUAUUCCAAGCUCUCAAAGAACAUAACACUGAUGUUUUCCCACAAGAGUCUUCCUAAUAGCAGGAAGUAGCUUUGUUUUCAUUUUGACUCCAUACUUGUAUUUGAAAUAAACAAAUAGAAUUUGGUCAUUUAGAUACAUAAAUGAACUACAUAGUACUCAGAA